UGGCUUAGAUUUCAAGGUCAUUUAAGGCUCUGAUUUUUUUUGCUGUCUCUCGUUUUCUGUCCCUCUUUUUCCUUGUUAAUGAAAUACUUCCAACCCACCAUCUUAUCAUCGUCUCGUCGACCUGAAUUACAAGCCAAUGAAAGCUUACUUUUACAACAAGGACAUGUAGGGCUUUACGAAGGAAAGGUCAAGCUCGACCACUAUCAAGAUGGUGUAUGUUAUCUGACUUCACACCGUAUUAUUUACGUUGAUAAUGUUAAUCCUUUAGAAUACUCUAUUGAGCUUGGUUUGUACCUUGUCAAAGAUAUCGAAGCUUAUAGCGGAUUUCUUCGAUCAUCACCCAAGAUUAUUAUCAAUAUUGAUACCAGCGUCAGUAUAAAAAGUACAAUGGAUGGAGAGGCAUCCAAUGGUCCUGUAUGGGCAUGUUCCAUAUGUUCCUACUUGAACAAAGGGUCUUCUGAGCAAUGUGAAUUAUGCGGUGUAAAGUCCAGCAAUGCCACGGUUGAGCCUGUGACAACAACAGAGACAGUUACCAAUGGAGAUAGCAGUGUUUGCACAACAUGUACUUUUAUCAACCACCCUAGUAUGAUACAGUGUGAGAUGUGCGGCGCGGACCUUCCUAAAGAAAUCAUACCCACUGUCACCACAAGUACCACUUCCUCCUUAUCCGCCGAUAUUUCUGUCAAUAGUGCGCAAAUACGUCUAUCCUUUCGAAAGGGCGGGCAACCGGCCUUUUUGGCUAAAUUAAAAGGGGCUGUAGCAGAAAGACAAUGGGAAAAGAAAACCGUCGUGCCUGAACCUUCAGUAAAGAAACGUGGUGUUGGUAUAACGGCUAUCGAAGAUCGUAUCCAAAAAUCUACACUGGAGGCCACGGAGACAAUGACGGACGCCUUCCAAGAUUUAGACAGACUUAUGACGAAAGCCACGGAAAUGGUCGGACUAGCCGAAUCCAUCUCCAACAAGGUGAGUAAAGACGCUAGCAACGAUGAGAACGAGCUUUCGACCUUGCGUACCCAUCUCUUAAACCUUGGUAUCGCCUCGCCCGUGACACGCGGUACAGCAGGAUCUAUCUAUCACCAAGAGCUUGCACGAGAACUUGCUGAUUUCCUCGCCAAAUUGUUUAAACAGGACGAUAUUAAAUCCUUGACGGAUGUCUAUUGUUUAUUUAACCGAGCUCGGGGUGUUGCCUUGAUCUCACCAGAGGAUUUGUACAAGGCCAGUCAACAGUUUGAAUCUCUCAAGUUACCAUUUCAGCUACGUAAAUUCUCGAGUGGCUUGCUCGUGAUUCAGUCCUUGGAUAUGAACGAUAGUCGUGCUGCUUCUCGUAUCUUGAAACAUGUCAAGGAACGCGGCCCACUUUCCGCUAUGCAGUUGGCAGAGAUAGAAAAAUUGGCUCUGGCAGUGGCGUCGGAACAAUUGAUCGUGACGGAGCGUAUGGGUUUGAUUUGUCGGGAUGAAGGUCCUGCUGGCUUGACCUUUUAUGAAAAUUUGUUUUUAGUUUCUUGAUAAAUAGGGCCUUGUGGUGCGCGCGGGGGGUGUGGGGGAUUGCCCAGUUAAUCUCGUAUGCUUUCUUUUUGAAUUAAUUAACUGAUCUGAAAGGAAAUAUGUUGAGUGACGUAAAUAAAGGGAUUGUUUAAGAGAUGAAAGGCAUUACUUUUGUAGAAAAAACUAUUUGAUAAGCAAGUUUUUUUUAUUAUUAUUUACUUUGGAAUAGAUUAAACAAUAAACUUUCCUAAAUUUGAUAAACUUAA